UGAUGCUGUCCAUUAAUGUUGCAAUCAAAACAAAAGACAGAGUGUCAAGCUCAAAAUCCUCCCACUGAUAAUUAUAGAAAACACUCCCUCUUAGAUUUUAUCCUCUGUCAGCUAAACGGCGUUAACCACUCAUGCCAGCUCUCAGAUCUGAGUCAAUGCACACAAGUCGACCAAAGCCUCAUAAGAAGAGAAUCAAUGUCUGCCAAAGAUCCGAUCAAUGUCACCUUCAACCACAGCGAUUCCUCCCUCUACCCCAGCGAGGGCAUGCGUGUGCUGCAGAUGAUCGUGACCGUGAUGAUCUUCGUUGUGGGCAUUUCUUUAAAUGGUCUGGUGGUCUGGGCAUUGGGGGUUCGAGUUUGGUGCCGCAAAGGAAGAGCUGCCGGUGAGAGACAGAGUGCCGACAGCUUCCGGAUCUAUGUGGUGAACCUGGCACUUGCUGACUUGGUGCUGUUGUUACGUACGCCACUGAUGCUGUCCUACUUGGUGAACGACUUCAGUUGGACAUUGGGGGAACCUGUAUGCAAGCUGGUGAUUUAUUUGCGAUGCCUCGGAUUGUAUGCGAGUGCAUUCUUGCUGUGUGCUGUAGCAGUGGAGCGCUGCUUGUGUUUACUUCGACCAGUUUGGGCUCGAAUGAAACGGCCUAGUUGGGCUGUACCUCUGGCCUGCAACAUAAUAUGGGUUUUAGCAGCGGUGUUCGCUAUACCCUACAUCAAUACAGCCACAGUCAAUAACAAAGGGGGCCGCAACGCCUGCAUAGAAAGUGAUUUGGAAGGAGGACAAGCCUUAAAUGUAUUGGAGACUGUGGCAGGAUUCUUGCUACCUCUAGUGAUCUUUUUGUCGUGCAAUGUCGCAGUAAUUUUUUGUGCAAAGAAGGCUGAGAGCGCAAUGUCUUCACCUACCUCAUCGACUGGGCCGAGUUACUCAUCCCAGCGUCUGACCCGUCUCUAUCGCGUACUCUUCCUCACCAUGUUCCUCUUCCUCACAUGCUGGGUGCCGUACUUCACCUGCCGCUUUUUGAGGGCCCUCUCGUACGGUCGCCCAGACUGGGAGAAUCUCAAAGUAAGAGCGACGACAGCUGCAUAUUUUGCAUUGUUUCUGGUUUACAUAAAAAGUGCGCUCAACCCAAUCCUGUACGUGUUCGCAGCUCGUGGACUCGGACGCACAGUUCGUGCAUCACUUGUCUCAACUAUUGAGAGAGUCUUCAACGAGGAAUUAUCAGAGUCUUUACGAAGAAAGUCCUUACGAAGGAAAGACUCUCAGUUUUAAUGGAGCUUGAAGAGUGUAAAUACUGAUCUGCAGAAGGUUGAAACCAACUUCUGAGAUGUAGUUUUUCCAGAUCUGCUUGUUAGACAACUGAUGAACAUUGACUAAAAGCAGAAAACACAUUCAGUAUAAAUUUCUACACAAGAGACUAAGACUUCAUUUGACGGACAUCAAAAAAUUUACCAAGAUUCAUCCUUUUAUUGAUAUGAUUGUUUUAUUCUUGGAUUUAAUUGUGAUGCAUUAAUAUGUAGCACUUUCAUUUUUUCAUUUUCAUUUUCAAUAUGUAUCAAGCUUUCCUUUCAUGUGACUAAAGGCUGGUCAUUACAGGCUUAAAUUAAGCAUAGCGUUUGUUCUCAUUACAUUCUUAUGUAGUAUAAAUGUGCCAAUUUACCAUAUAGAAUCUUUACAGAUAGCAGAAAGUUCCCGUUAAUGCUAAAUCUUAAAAUGAAAAUUGAAUUCCAGUGCUUAUGUUGAUAUUGCUGCAUUAAUGCUUAAAAUGAAUGUAAUUUCUGUGCCUACUCCUCUAUGCAAACUUGUUAUUAUUAAAUAAACAAGCAGUUA